GAAAGGAUGAACUGUACAAAUUCAGAGAAGGUUUUAGUGGGUCCAUAUGGUGAGACAUGCCCAGCAAGUCAUGAUGCAAGCCAGGCAAUGAAUAUUAAAGCCGAGGAUGUCUCAGACUCACAAGAGGCAGUGGAUCCUAUGCGAAUAACAUGUCUGGAAAUAAAGGCUAAACCCGAGAACUGUAGACAUUUGGAGAAUGCUUUAGUGGGUCCAUAUGGUGAGACAUGCCCAACACAUCAUGAUGCAAAUCAGGCCAUGAAGGUAAAAGCUGAGGCAGUUUCAGAUGCUGAAGAGGAAGAGGAUCCUGUCCCAAUAACAUUUCCAGAAAUAAAGGCUGAACCUGAGGGUAAUUUGAAUGAACUUCAACCCAUACAUGGUGAGGAGCACCAAUAUUCUUGUGAUGAGUGUGGUGAUUCAUUCAGUCAAGAGGAAAUUCUGAUAGCACAUCAGCACAUACAUAGUGGGGAGCAGCCAUUUUGUUGCAAUGGAUGUAAUAAGUCAUUCAGUCAGCAGAGUAGUCUGAAGGCACACCAAUGCAUACAUGGUGGUGAGAAGCAAUAUUUCUGUGAAGUAUGUAAAAAGUCAUUUAGAAAGCAGAUACAUCUGAAGACACAUCAGCGCAUACAUAGUGGUGAAAAGCUAUUUUUCUGUGAUGUAUGUAAUAAGUCAUUUAGAAACCGGAGCCAUCUGAAGACCCAUCAGCACAUACAUAGUGGUGAAAAGCUAUUUUUCUGUGAUGUAUGUAAUAAGUCAUUCAGUCAGCAGAUUAAUCUGAAGACACAUCGACGCAUACAUAGUAGUGAAAAGCCAUUUUGCUGUGAUUCUGAAGAGACACCUACACAUACAUAG